UUCGUAAAACAUAUAAAUCACGCUAUUCGAACAGACAAGCGUGUUCGCAUUUUCAUAUGAAUGUGUCCAUAGGAAAAUUUCGAAUUUUCCAAAGCCAAUCCAAACAAUGACAGCUGAUUCCAGCGCACGCAAUGUAUUCCGGAAGAAUGGGGUUGCCGGGUUGGGCAACAACGGUCACGGACGGAAUCUUAUUACGACCGCCAAUCCAUCCGGCGGGAGUAGUGCGUCCCUCCUACAAAAGCAAUUAUCCUUCAAGACGCCCGUGGGAUCAAAACAAAUGGGCAAAUCCGAUGAGAUUGAAAUGAUUGACAGCUCGAACAUCGAAAAUUUCAAUAAUCGAUAUAAUAAGAAUAGUAUUAUUGGAUGGAUCUGUUGUGCACCAUGUAUUUGGCUGCGAACCUCGGCGGCUGUCCACAAAAUGGCCAUCACAUCGGCGACUUUAUUGGUGACCACUCUACUGGUGGCAUCGCCCAUUCUAUUCCUGAUCAGCACAGCACCCUCACCUUUGCCCCGAGACUGCUACAUGGAAGGUGACAAGUGUUCUCCCGCCGUUUCUGCACCACCAGAAUGCACGGAUCCCAUUUGCGAGACCGUGGCCUCCAGUAUUCAGGCCAGGCUCAAUUGGAACAAGGAUCCCUGCUCGGAGUUCAAAAAGUUCAGUUGCUGGCGCAACACACGGAAUAAGAAUAUAACUAAUCUAAUUGAAAUGGGAAACUCUCAAAAAAGUGUGGACUCACAAAUGUUGUAUCUUUUUCAGAAUAAGAUUAUGAACGGGAGCUUUAAUAUAUUGCACAAUUUGUUCGAGAGUUGUUUGCAACAGACAACUAACUCAACUGUAAUGCACCGGAUAUUCGACAGUUUGGGAGGAUAUCUACCUGUUGGCUCCGUAGGACCCUCUAGAAUAGCUCCUUUGAUAGCAAAAAUUUAUGAUCUCGGCCCAAGCCCUUUGGUAGACUUAUAUUACGAUCUUAGCUAUGGCAGGAGACCGCACAUUCUAUUAAUAAUUAGUGGACCUAGUACCUCUUCAACUAUUUUGGAGCGUAAAAUACGAUGGAUGAGCCCCAAAGCACCACCAAGUCGCAUUAAGCAAGGAGUACCUAAACUAUUAGCCGAUCUAAUCGACAAUUUUCUACCGCCCUCAGUAUCCUAUGCUCAAAGAGUGUCCGAAAAGGAUACAAUUUUCGAAUUUGUUAAGGACCUGAAUAAACUGCAAGUGGAGCACUCUCGCAGAGGCUUCUGGGAUAGCACCGUUUUAUAUAAUGUAUCAAGUCUACAAGACUUAUAUCCAGUUCUAAAUUGGACCCUGCUUAUUCCACAAAACUGGAGUGGACCUAUUGUUGUCAGGAAUAGUGAUUAUCUAAAAGCCUUAGAGUAUUUUCUUACUAAAUAUCCAACUAGAGUUGCGCACAAUUCCCUGCUAUUGCUUAGUGCUUUAGAAAUAUUGCCUAGGGAUUAUCCAAGUCCCGAGGUUUGCACUCGAUCAACCAUGUGGGCACUACCAGAACUAUCGUCGGCUUUAUACAUAGCCCAGCACUCGUCCGAUGAGCUAAAGGACAUAACCAAACGAGCGGAGAUUAUCUUUAAAUCACUUAAGGCCCACUUGAAACGCGCUCCAUCCUUAAAAGGAGCUGCUCUUGUUAAACUCUCAGCUCUGAAAAUUCAGUCACAGACCUGGGAAGGAUUCUCCAAUACCACAGACCUAUUGAGUUCGCUUCAAACCCUGGACAUAACAGCAGAAUGCUGGUUUCAAAACAUUUUGGAAAUUUACAAAAAGAAUAAAGUUGAACCUACAGAUAUAAGCCUGCACGGAGGAUCCCAUGAUGCUUGGGCUUAUCCUAUUGUGUCUACAAUAUUUUACGACACUUUGAGCCACUCUAUAGUUGUUCCAUUAUCUGUCAUACUCAUACCGUAUUUCAAUGCUGUUUUGCCUCCAUAUUUGCAUUAUGCCUCUGUUGGCGUUUCCAUUGCCAAAGAGAUCUUACGCUCUAUUACAAAAUCGUUCGACGAAAAGGCAAUGCGUUGUGUUCCACAUUCUGUAAAUAUAUUCUCAAACUAUAGCCGCAUGGACAUCCUGAUACAUUCGGGAGGAAUGCAGAUCUCAUACCACUCAAUGCUUUCGUUAACCGGUCCAAUUAAAGGAAUGGCAAGACUACCUGGCCUUAAUUUAACGCCAACACAAAUCUUCUUUUUAGUUUCCGGCCAGGAACUGUGUGCUGAAUCGAAUUACUUGGGUAUCGAUACGAAUGCUCCCGAGUUUGAUAAUAUAUUGGGUUGGCUCGUGGCCCAAGGCGGGAGUGCGACAGAAGUUUUCAAAUGUCCAUCGGGAUCUAUGAUCAAUAUACAAAAAACCUGCAAUGUGCUUUAAAUAUUCUUUGAUUGACACCUCUACAAGUAUUUAAUUUAAAAUUUUUGAAAAGUAGUUGUUUUAGAGACUAACCUAUUAGUAUUGUUUUUAUUUGAGAUUUAAAAUAUGUAUAUUUUCAAUAAAUAUACUGUUAAUAAA